UGGGCUUUGAUGCUGUUAAUAAACUGGAAUGUUUCCUGUCACUGAAAUCAGUUUCCUGUAUGUUUGACUGUCACCCCUCUAUCUUGUGUGUUUCUCCCCAGUUAAGUGUCUCUAUCAGAUGGAGGAGGAGUCCUGUUCAUUAAUGCUGACGUACUUUUAAUAAAUAUGGUGAAAAUCAUAAAUACGCCUUCUGAUUAGUCAGUGAAGCUUUUUGAUGAUUUCCUCUCUUCUGUCUAAUAAGGUAAAAGUGUUUGUGAUUGGCUUGUUGUUUGGUGGUUGUGAAGUCUUCUGUCUCUGUCUCUCUUGAACCUUUCGGUUCAGAGUUGAUCAUACAAAGUGCAUGAUCAGUAAAGAUGGAGAACUGUCUAACUCUCAUUUUUUUGUCUUCUGUGAUCAAACUCUCCACAGCUGGAAACGUGAGGCUGGUUGGUGGUAAUAAUUCCUGUGCUGGUAGGGUGGAGGUUUACUAUAAUGGAGAAUGGGGAACCGUGUGUGAUGAUUAUUGGGCUUUGACAAACACUGCAGUGGUGUGUAGAGAGCUGGGCUGUGACGAAAAUUCAAACACAAUGCGUGCUGCUCACUUUGGACCAGGAUCAGGAAAAAUCUGGAUGGAUAAUGUGAGAUGUAGUGGAUCUGAGUCCUCAAUAUUUAAUUGCUUAAAAACAAAAAUGGGUGACCAUAACUGUGGACAUAGUGAAGAUGUUGGCAUUAUCUGCUCAGGCAUCAGGCUUGUUGGAGGUUCUCGCUGCUCUGGGAAGUUAGAGGUGCCUCAUGGGAACACAUGGUACACAGUGUGUGACGCUGUCUUUGACCAGAAGGAUGCAGAGGUUGUGUGUAGAGAGCUGGACUGUGGGGCUCCUGUACAGGUGCUGGGAGCAGCUGCUUUUGGCAAAGGAGACACUCAGAUGUGGACACAAGAGAUUCAGUGUAGUGGAAAUGAGUAUCAGUUUGCUCUUUGUCCAGCUUCACCUUCACAAUUUUGUUCCCAUGAGAACGAUGUGAGCGUUGUAUGUGCUGAAACCGUGAGAGUAGUAGGCGCUAACAGUCGCUGUGCUGGUAGAGUGGAGGUUCUUUAUAGAGGUCAGUGGGGAACAGUGAAUGAUGUUGGCUGGGAUUUGCCUGAUGCUGCGGUGGUGUGUAGAGAACUUGGCUGUGGAGAGGCUUUAACUGCACCAAAGGGUGCUCACUUUGGUGAAGGAUCAGGAAGAGUCUGGGUUUCUGAUUUACAGUGUACUGGAUCAGAGUUGACACUGACAAACUGUAGAUUCAAUGGAUGGGGAAUAAAAGCUAAUCAUACUGAAGAUGCUGGAGUCAUCUGCUCUGGAGUCAGGCUGGUUGGAGGAUCUCACUGUUCUGGCAGAGUAGAAGUGCCUCAUAAUCAGACCUGGAUGUCAGUGUGUGACGCUGCCUUUGACCAGCAGGAUGCAGAGGUUGUGUGUAGAGAGCUGGACUGUGGGGCUCCUGUACAGGUGCUGGGAGCAGCUGCUUUUGGCAAAGGAGACGCUCAGAUGUGGAAACAAGAGAUUCAGUGCAGAGGAAAUGAAUCCUAUAUAUCUUUGUGUCCAACUUCAUCUUCUCUCAAACAAAAUUGCACCCAUGAGAAUUCUAUUGGGUUGUUAUGUUCUGGUUACACUGAUCUCAGACUGGUAAACGGUCCUGACAUCUGUUCUGGUCGAGUCGAACGUCAGUACAUCAGUAAAUGGGGCACAGUGUGCAAUGCAUGCUGGGAUAUGAGAGCUGCCAGUGUCCUCUGUAGACAGCUGAAUUGUGGGAUUGCUGUGUCUGUUGUGGGAUCAGACUGGUUUGGAGAAGGAAGUAUUGAAAUCUGGGCUGAUGUGUUUGAUUGUGACGGAAAUGAAACAAAACUCUCAGAAUGUUCCAUCUCUUCAUGGAGUCGAGCUGAAUGUUUACAUAGACAAGAUGUUGGAGUCAUCUGCUCUAGUGAGUCCAUUCAUGCCGUGAUGAAGUCAUGGGUUUCAGACUAAAACUACAUCUCAGUAUAUUUUAGAUAAAUACUGAAUAAUAAAUAAAUACUCUCUUCAGAUUCCUCUCUGGGUCUUCAUGACGGUCUG